AAGAGCAGUAGGUGACCAUGUCCAAUGUACCAAGUACCCACUACUGUGUUGAACACAUCACCCAUCACCAUCAACUCCACCAUGAACACAUCUGCAGUGCCAAACACAGUGCCGACGGCUGUGCCAACCACCUUGAGAGAGACCUACAGCUCCUCGACUAUGUCCAGCCAUUCCGGGAUUGGCAAGAGAAUAAAGGCCACGUUCCUAUGCUGUGGAGAAGGUCCCUUUGCUACUUCCUUCUCUCCUGACCUGGCCCACACAAAGAGCAGAACCCAGAGACCUUCUUUGAAACCCGCAGGCAGCUCUGAUGCCAGGGAAGCUAUCACGGGUCCAGGAACAGUGAGAGGCCCAGAGCGGGGCAACCUGUCUGUGCGGUGUCGUUAUGACGGAGGAUGGGAGACAUUCAACAAGUACUGGUGUCGGGGAGCUGAGUGGAGUUCCUGCAAGACCCUCAUCAGAACCACCGGGUCAGAGCAGGAGGUGCGGUGGGGCCGUGUGUCCAUCAGGGAUCAUCACAGAAGUUGCACGUUCACCGUAACCAUGGAGCAACUCCGUGGAGAUGACGCUGACACUUACUGGUGUGGGAUGGAGAAAGUUGGGGCUGACCCUGCGGUGCCAGUUAAAGUGAUUGUUUACUCAGGUAAGAACAAUUCUCAGGUGCCACGGGACCACCAAGCUGAUUGUGGAGAUUUCAGACACCAUCUUCUCUUCCUUUAUCCCAAGUCUGUGGUCACAGGCAUGAAUGUGCGCAUGCGUGCCAAGACCCAUGGACCGACGGUAGCUGUGCGUCUGGAUCAGUAG